UCUUCGCACACCUUUUGCCAAAGAAAAUUUCUCUUCACACACGCCAUCAAUUUUAAAUCCUAAAAUCUCCUCUCUGUUUCUUUUAAUCUCUGUUACUGUUCUCAUCUUCCUUACAUGGCCGACAUCUCCAGGAACAGAACCUCAGCCUCUGCUUCGUCUCCUGCGCAGCCCAGUCGUCUUCAGCGCCGGCGACCGGCGUCCUUGCAGAUCAAUCCUCCCACUUCCUCCUGCUGGAACACCGCCAUCCCUCUCCUGUCUCCUCUUGUUACUUCACCUAUCGCGAUAGAUCAGAUGGCGGAAAUGAACCAGCAGCAACCGUUGCAGCAUCGAAAUCAAGGAACGGAGCCGGAUAAGCCUACUGUGUUCAAGAAGUGGCAGCAUCCUGCUGCUCCUUUCUGUUGUGAGCCUGCUCCAUUUGGCCCUAAGUUUUUUGUGCCUGUAUAGUUAUGGAAAGGAAAGAGGCGUUUAAAAUAAUUACAUUUUUAGGGUUUUUUUAGACCUUCACCUAACAAUUGUAUACAGAGCUUGGAUUUUAUGUUCAUAGGAUUAAUGCUAAUCAUUUUUUCUUCUUAA